UGUGUUGAUAAAAAAAACGAGCUAAGCUGACCAGCAAGGCGUUUGUGGAAGUUGCCCCUGCUGUUUGCAUGCAGCCUGACAAGCGUGGAACACCUGAACCUCCCAGAAGUCGUACGAAAUACAUGAACGUCUCCUACAUGUCCUAGUCUGCGUAUCUGGAGACGCAGCUAGCACAGUCAGUAACCCCCAAGGUAGCAGACUAGCCCUGGUCGGGACGGUAGGAGCUGCAACUGUUGGACUAGCUUCACCAGACACCGCAGACACACAGAGUCCACUUUGCAGACAUGGCAACCAAAAAGCUUCCCGUGGUUCACGUGGCAGUGGUCGGCCUCACGUCCUCCAGUUUCCCCGGUACCUCUGGCCAGGGUGCCGGAAAAUCCGUUCUCUGCAAUCGUUUCGUGCGGCCCAAGAGAGACGACCUCUGCCUCAACCACAGCAGCAUCAUGACCAACUCUGACUUUGGUUCGAGCAUGGUCAACAACGACCACCAUCUCUACUGGGGAGAGAAGAUUGCGGCUCUCGAGGACGGCUCCGUGUCCUUUCAGAUUGUGGAGCACACAGAGUUUGUCGAGGACGGUAACCUGCAGCUCUACUCCAUUGUCAAACCCUACCACAAGCGGUGCAUUCAGCAGAAGUUGGUGAGUGGAGGCAAGAUGCAGUACAUCCACCCAGACCAGCUGGCCGUGCCCGACGAAUUCUCAAACGUCGCCCGGUUCCCGGACAAGUUCACCGUGGACGGUUACAUCAUCUGUAUCGACGUCUCUGACGAUGAGUUGCCUGAGGCACAGGGCACGCAACGAGAAUUCCUGGGACGGCUUCUCCCGGCCAUUAUGGGCGUGAAAAAGGCCCAUAUCGUAGUGGCGCUCACGAAAUUCGACAUUGCCAAGGAAAAGUCUAUUGCGGCCGCAAACGAAAUCCUCUCCAAAUGCAGACGACAACCGACGGUCAUCGAGGUCUCGGCGCUGGAAGGUGUCAACAUCGACGUGUGUUUCCUAGUCCUGGCUCACCUCGUGGACUCGAGAAGACCGCGGACCCGCAUACUGGCUUUCUCCGUCGCCCACGCCAAUCUCAAGGAGAGAGUGCGCAGAAACGAGGAGAGUUUCCAGGGCCUGUUGUCCGGUAGAAUCACCGAUUUCUCUCUCCCUCUCCCCGUGGCCAGGAAGAGUCUCGAAAACGAGGUCGAGUUCCAGUUGCUGCGAGAACUGAAGGGAAUCGAUAGAGUAGACCGGCUCAUCCGAGCACAACUCAAAUACCUCAAAGAAGGCGUCAUCAAAUCGAAAACGACCGAUUUUCUCGACCACAUACGAGCAUCUCUCGAGUUAUUCCUGGUGAAUCUCUCGCUGGAAGACACGUCAGAGACAUGCGUGGAGUUGAUUCGCAAGCACGAAAAGUUCUCGGCAUAUUUCACGGAGAAUGCAGAGUGGAGGGACGACGCCCAGUUUCUGAAACAGGAGCAAACGACACAGGUACCGUUCAGUCUCCUCGGGAGAGAAGGAGGGACUGAAGUUGCUCCAGGAGAGAAUCGAUGUGGUUCUGGCUCCACUGAGGAAACAGGUUGCCUGCGACAAGAUAUCCUCUGCACUCCAGACUGCCUCAAACCUCAUACCAGGGUCGAGAAUGGAAGAUGUGUUGAAGGAGCUCGGGGUGGCCGACCAGCUGCAGCUCAUCUCUCCUACAAAGGCCCACCAUAUCUUCCAGGAAAGAAUGGCACUGGUAGAGCAGGAGUGUGUGGUAGACAUCAUCGAGCUCCUGUUGGAGCAUCCUCGUCUCUUCACCCUCUCAGAGGAGGUGGCUCUGGCAACCGUCCACGAACAACUGAAGGAUGACAGACGGUACCAGAGACUGGUGUGGGUGGAGCAGCGCAGAACCUCGGCCAUCAUCAAACAUAUAGGAGUCAUGAAGUGGCCAGACAAAGGUCCAUUUGCAGUGUCACCCAUACUAGAUGCCCAGUCACUCCUCAAGUAUGGAGCUCCCAGUCAGGAGGACCUGGCCAGGCGACACAGUCUGUUUGAGUACACCGACAGUGACACCAGCAGUAGCCAGUCAGACUGCUGGAGCCUGAACCAGAAAAACCGGUCCUUCUGUCUGGCCAUUCUGGGGAGCACCUCCGAGAACGCCCUCACUCUUCGCAGUGACUUCAUGAACCACAUGAGUGGGUCUGGGGAGUGUGAGGUGAGAGGGGUCAAGUACCAGAUGGAGCUGACCGUCCACCACGGCUCCAUCACCUCUCUACAAUCAUCAUCCUCCUCCUCACAACCACAAGGGGCCGUUGUCGUGGUGAACUCUGAGAAAUGCCUGCUCUGGCUGGAGAAUGUGUUGCAGUCGCUAUGGAUACCGAGGGGUGACACACCCACUCCAUAUCGGGGGUUGCCCCUGGUGAUAUUAGCCCUCGACGACUCAAUUCCAGACAGUAAGUUGCCGGAGAAACACACACUUAUCCACAGUAUAUAUAAGAAUGUGGCAUUCGAUUCAUGCAUGAAAAGCUUCUCCUAGUAUUGACUAUAUAUAAUAUAUACACCACUGUA